AGACUCCAAACAGUGAGCCUUGGGCUGGAGAACAGCGUUUACCGGCGGGGCGGCCGGUUUUAUGCAUGAAGCUAUGGCUACAGAUUCCCCUAGAAGACCCAGUCGUUGUACUGGUGGAGUUGUGGUUCGCCCUCAGGCUGUCACAGAGCAGUCCUACAUGGAAAGUGUUGUGACUUUUCUACAGGAUGUUGUGCCACAGGCUUACAGUGGAACACCUCCAACAGAAGAAAAGGAGAAAAUAGUCUGGGUCAGAUUUGAAAAUGCAGAUUUAAAUGAUACAUCAAGAAAUUUGGAAUUUCAUGAAAUACAUAGCACUGGGAAUGAACCACCAUUGCUGGUUAUGAUUGGCUACAGUGAUGGAAUGCAGGUCUGGAGCAUCCCUAUCAGUGGGGAAGCACAGGAGCUCUUCUCUGUUCGACAUGGCCCAAUUCGAGCAGCUAGAAUCUUGCCUGCUCCACAGUUUGGUGCUCAAAAGUGUGAUAACUUUGCUGAAAAAAGACCCCUCCUUGGUGUUUGUAAGAGCAUCGGAUCUUCUGGCACAAGCCCGCCUUAUUGUUGUGUGGAUCUAUAUUCACUUCGUACAGGGGAGAUGGUCAAAUCAAUUCAGUUUAAAACACCUAUUUAUGAUAUUCACUGCAACAAGCGAAUCCUGGUCAUAGUCCUACAGGAGAAAAUCGCUGCCUUUGAUAGCUGUACUUUCACAAAAAAAUUCUUUGUCACAAGCUGCUAUCCUUGUCCAGGGCCAAAUAUGAAUCCUGUUGCUCUUGGGAGCCGCUGGCUUGCUUAUGCAGAAAACAAGUUAAUUCGAUGUCAUCAGUCCCGUGGUGGAGCCUGUGGAGAUAAUAUUCAGUCAUAUACUGCCACGGUCAUUAGUGCUGCUAAAACAUUGAAAAGUGGCCUGACAAUGGUUGGGAAAGUGGUGACUCAGCUGACAGGCACUCUACCUUCCGGUGUGACAGAAGAUGAUGUUGCCAUCCAUAGUAAUUCACGGCGGAGUCCUUUGGUCUCAGGCAUCAUCACGGUUAUUGAUACUGAAACAGUUGGAGAGGGUCAGGUACUUUUGAGUGAGGAUUCUGACAGCGAUGGUAUUGUGGCCCACUUUCCUGCCCAUGAGAAGCCAGUGUGCUGUAUGGCUUUUAACACCAGUGGAAUGCUUCUAGUUACGUCAGACACCCUUGGCCAUGAUUUUCAUGUCUUCCAAAUUCUGACUCAUCCUUGGUCUUCUUCACAAAGUGCUGUCCACCAUCUGUACACUCUUCACAGGGGAGAAACUGAAGCCAAAGUACAAGACAUCUGCUUCAGCCAUGACUGUCGCUGGGUUGUGGUCAGUACUCUCCGGGGUACUUCCCACGUUUUUCCCAUCAACCCCUACGGUGGUCAGCCUUGUGUUCGUACACAUAUGUCACCACGAGUAGUGAAUCGCAUGAGCCGUUUCCAGAAAAGUGCCGGACUGGAAGAGAUUGAACAAGAACUGACAUCUAAGCAAGGAGGUCGCUGUAGCCCUGUUCCAGGUCUAUCAAGCAGCCCUUCUGGUUCACCCCUGCAUGGGAAACUGAACAGCCAGGAGUCCUACAACAAUUUUACCAACAAUAAUCCUGGCAACCCUCGGCUUUCUCCUCUCCCCAGCUUGAUGGUAGUGAUGCCUCUUGCACAAAUCAAGCAGCCAAUGACAUUGGGGACCAUCACCAAACGAACAGGGCCUUAUCUGUUUGGAGCGGGGUGUUUUUCCAUAAAAGCUCCAUGCAAAGUUAAACCACCUCCGCAAAUUUCACCCAGCAAAUCGAUGGGCGGGGAAUUUUGUGUGGCUGCUAUCUUUGGAACAUCCAGGUCAUGGUUUGCAAAUAAUGCAGGUCUGAAAAGAGAAAAAGAUCAGUCCAAACAAGUCAUAGUUGAGUCUCUAUAUGUUAUCAGUUGCUAUGGGACCUUAGUGGAGCAUAUGAUGGAGCCGCGACCCCUCAGCACUGCCCCCAAAAUUAGCGAUGACACUCCAUUGGAAAUGAUGACAUCACCUCGAGCCAGCUGGACUCUGGUUAGAACCCCUCAAUGGAAUGAAUUGCAACCACCAUUUAAUGCAAACCACCCUCUGCUCCUCGCUGCAGAUGCAGUACAGUAUUAUCAAUUCCUGCUUGCUGGCUUGGUUCCCCCUGGAAGUCCUGGGCCCAUUACUCGACAUGGAUCUUACGACAGUUUAGCCUCUGACCAUAGUGGACAGGAAGAUGAAGAAUGGCUGUCACAGGUUGAAAUUGUAACCCACACUGGACCCCACAGACGUCUGUGGAUGGGUCCACAGUUCCAGUUCAAAACCAUCCAUCCCUCAGGCCAAACCACUGUUAUAUCAUCUAGUUCAUCUGUGUUGCAGUCUCAUGGUCCAAGUGAUACUCCACAGCCCCUUUUGGAUUUUGAUACAGAUGACCUUGAUCUCAACAGUCUCAGGAUCCAGCCAGUCCGCUCUGACCCAGUCAGUAUGCCAGGGUCAUCCCGUCCAGUCUCUGAUCGAAGGGGAGUUUCCACAGUGAUUGAUGCUGCCUCAGGUACCUUUGACCGGAGCGUGACCCUGCUGGAGGUGUGCGGGAGCUGGCCCGAGGGCUUUGGGCUGCGGCACAUGUCCUCCAUGGAGCACACAGAGGAGGGACUUCGGGAGCGGCUCGCCGAUGCCAUGGCCGAGUCACCAAGCCGGGAUGUGGUGGGAUCCGGAACAGAACUUCAGCGAGAGGGAAGCAUCGAGACUCUGAGUAAUAGCUCAGGCUCCACCAGCGGCAGCAUCCCAAGAAACUUUGAUGGCUACCGAUCUCCGCUCCCCACCAAUGAGAGUCAGCCCCUCAGCCUCUUCCCUACUGGCUUCCCAUAGGUACCAGCAAGCUGCUUCUGACUGGUCAGCCCACUCACCUGCUGGAGGGAGAGGGAGAAGCCCCGCUCUGGUCCUACCCUCCAGUCUCUGCUCCUCUUUCAUCAACCACCUUCUCCAAGCUUAAUGACAGCAGCCACCCAUCUCACCUGGAUCAAGAAGAGAAAAGACCCUUCUCCAAAUCACCUCGGCACACCUUGACCUCUGCCACACCUGUCAGCCAUGGCUGUGGCCAAGAGAGACUGCAGAAGUUCAGUCCCCUUCUAAGUUUGCACAUGGCAUCCUGCAUUGGAUCAGCUUUUAUAUUUUUACCCAUACCCACAGGAGGCCUGGAACAGUGACCCCAUCUUGGGGCCUGGUGGGGAGAGGGUGGGUUGUCCACCUGGGCAUUUUUGACCCUGAAUGGACUGUCUCAGCCCCAGACCACUUCUGGCUGUGACACACACUGCCUCCAGCUUCCCCUGGUCAGCCCCUCUCCAGCAUGGGGUAAACUGAGACCCAGAGUAUUAAGGAAGGAGAAUCCUCCCCUUCCUCCUUUCUUUCCCCAUUGGGUCCUGGGAAGAAUUCAUUUUUCUUAUCUUCAAGCCCUUUUACCCUGGUCCUGUACUGUUCAGUGAAGGUUACUGAGGCCCUGUUGAAAAGUGCACGUCUUGUCCAAUAAAUCU